AUGGCGGAAGCAGCAGGACAAGAAUCGUCGGAUAAGAAUGUCGAAAUGUGGAAAAUUAAAAAGCUUAUCAAAAGCUUAGAAGCGGCUCGAGGAAAUGGUACCAGCAUGAUUUCUUUAAUCACUCCACCACGUGAUCAAGUACCACGCAUCGCUCGCAUGUUAGCAGAUGAAUACGGUACAGCCUCGAAUAUCAAAUCACGUGUGAAUCGACUCUCAGUUCUCUCAGCGAUAACUUCUGUUCAAGCCCGAUUGAAAUUGUACAAUAAAAUACCUAAUAACGGUCUUGUAAUUUACUGUGGCACGAUAGUAACAGAUGAUGGAAAAGAGAAGAAAGUCAACAUCGAUUUCGAACCUUUCAAACCAAUUAAUACUUCACUUUAUCUUUGCGACAAUAAAUUUCACACUGAAGCACUGCAAGCUUUACUCACUGACGAUUCCCGCUUCGGUUUUAUUAUCAUGGAUGGUAAUGGUGCCUUGUUUGGCACACUACAAGGCAACUCGCGUGAAGUACUAACAAAGUUUUCUGUUGAUCUACCGAAAAAGCACGGUCGGGGCGGUCAAAGUGCCCUUCGGUUUGCUCGAUUACGUAUGGAAAAACGACACAAUUAUGUACGUAAAGUUGCUGAAACGGCUGUACAGUGUUUUAUCACAGAUGAUAAAGUUAACGUAUCAGGAAUCAUUCUUGCUGGUUUAGCUGAUUUCAAAACAGAACUUCAUCAAUCCGAUAUGUUUGAUCCACGUUUGCAAGCAAAAGUACUGAAACGAGUGGAUAUUUCUUACGGCGGUGAAAAUGGUUUCAAUCAAGCUAUUGAACUAGCGGCAGAAACAUUGGGCGAUGUGAAAUUCAUUCAGGAAAAGAAACUCAUCUCUCAAUUUUUCGAUGAAGUGUCCCGAGAUUCCGGUCAAUAUUGUUUCGGCGUAGAUGAAACAUUGAAAGCAUUAGAAAUGGGCGCUGUGGAAAUCCUGAUUGUUUGGGAGAAUUUCGAAGUGAUGCGUUAUGUCCUACGUAAUCCUCAAACACAAGAAACAAAAGUGUUACACUUACGGGCGGACCAAGAAAAAGAAAAAUCACAUUUCCAAGACAAGACUUCCGGCGUUGAGUUUGAACAUGUCGAAGAAAUGCCGUUACUGGAAUGGUUCGCUAAUAAUUAUAAAAACUUCGGCGCAUCAUUGGAAAUUGUUACGGAUAAAAGUCAAGAAGGUUCACAAUUCGUACGAGGAUUUGGCGGUGUGGGCGGUAUUCUUCGAUACAAAGUGGAAUUACAAAGCUUAAACGUUAAUGAAGAUGCCGAACCAAUUGAUUACAGUGAUUACGAUUAA